AUGUACCUGCAUUAUGCUUACCCAAUAGCACUGCUCCUUGUGUUUCUGGUAGCCUUCACUUAUCGAAGCAUCAGAGCUGUACCUCCGGCAAACAACGACGUUCCGACGUCCAAGACUGGUCCUGGCGGAAAACCACUACCUGCACAUCACCCUACUCACAACAAACCGAAGCCCAAAAUCAAGGACGACGUUUCAAAAUCGCAGAAGCAUCUCUUCUACACCCUCGCUGUGGCUACAGCCCUGACCUUCUUUGCAAAUUCGGCGAAUGUGGUUAUCCAUGCUGUAGCUGAGCGUGAGCACCAGUAUUGGUGUGGACAACCGACAGUGGUCUACCUCAUCGGAUCUUUCUUCAUUUACCUUCUCUUCUUCAUCUCCUUGAUCGAUGGCACGCCUUCACCAACCUCGGCGCACAUGUACACAUGGUUCUUUGCAACCAUAUAUGAGGUGGCUCUGUUGGCACUAUCAUUCCAAUACUACACACACGCCCACAAUGAUCCCAGCGCUGGUGAUAGCAAAGGGCCUCUGCGGACUGAGAUGACAGAAUGGGAAAUACUCGAGGUCACCAUCGACCUAAUAAGAGUGCUCUUGCUCAUAUUCAUGAUGAUAUCUUAUGUCAUUUUCGUGCAUACGAAAAGGCGAAGAGAAAGAUUUGCACGCCUCAACACACCCGAGACAGCCAGACUCUUGGAUGAGGGGUCUACCGAAAACGGAACCCCGAAUGGAGCUGCAAACGGGUCCGCACAAGGCUACGGUUCUAUUCCGGGCAAUGGCGCUCACGGUACCACCCCUCACACAGAUGGUUGGGUACGGCCGACUUCUGUGCCAGCACGUGGAUGGUGGGAGUAUAUCCGUGGUUAUUCGGUUUUCUUCCCUUACCUCUGGCCAUCAAAGGAUACAAAGCUCAAGGUCGUGGUGGUUGCUUGUUUUGUCCUGGUCUUACUGCAGCGUGUGGUGAAUCUGGCGGUUCCUAACCAAGUCAAAAUCAUCACCAAUGCUCUUGUUGAUGCUCAAGGCGGAGGACCGUCCAACACUCCUUGGGCAGCCAUCUGCGUAUUUAUUUUUCUGAAACUACUCCAAGGAAGCAACGGACUACUAGCAGCCUCUCGGUCGACUCUAUGGAUCCCGAUCAGUCAAUACUCAUACAGGGAGCUAUCUGUCGCUGCAUUUGAACACGUCCAUGGUCUGAGCCUCGAAUUUCAUAUAAGCAAGAAAACCGGAGAGGUCGUGUCAGCUCUGAACAAGGGGACUGCAAUCAACACAUUCCUCGAGCAGAUCACAUUCAAUGUCUUACCGAUGCUUGUCGACCUAGUUCUUGCCUUUGGGUAUUUCUUGACUCAGUAUGAUGCUUACUAUGCUCUUGUGGUAGCUGUUGUCACGUUUUGGUACGUCUACAUUACAAUUCGUCUCGCUCAGUGGCGUGCCGACAUCCGCAGACAGAUGGUCAAUGCCGGGCGUGAAGAAGAAGCGGUAAAGAACGACUCCAUGGUUUCGUACGAGAACGUGAAGUAUUUCAAUGCCGAAGAAUUCGAAUUUAACAGAUAUCGACAAGCCGUAAACAAAUUCCAAUUCUCGGAAUACAAAGUACUUCUUUCUCUCAACUUGAUGAAUGUCUGUCAGAAUUUGGUAUUUAUGUUGGGUUUGAUGGUUGCAUGUUUUCUGGCUGCGCAUCAAGUGACGACUUCAAGGCUUGACGUGGGCUCCUUCUCCGCAUUGGUUCAAUACUUCGGUCAGCUGCAAAGUCCACUAAACUUUUUCGGCACUUUCUAUCGAACUAUCCAGUCGGCUAUGAUCAACUCGGAGCGUAUGCUGGAGCUGUUCAAGGAACAGCCCACAGUGGUAGACAAGGCUGGCGCAGGCCAAUUUCCUAGCUGUGAAGGCGACAUCCGAUUCAACAAUGUCCAUUUCACUUAUGAUACUCGCAAGCCGGCGUUACAAGGUCUCGAUUUCCAUUGUGCUCCGGGAACGACAACAGCUCUCGUGGGCGAAUCAGGUGGAGGAAAAUCCACAGUCUUCCGGAUACUCUUUCGAUUCUACAAUGCCGUUUCUGGCAACAUUCAGAUAGAUGGACACGACGUCGAAGACAUCACCAUUGACCAGCUCAGAAGACACAUUGGUGUAGUACCGCAGGACACGGUGCUUUUCAAUGAGUCAGUCAUGUUCAAUCUCAAGUAUGCACGUCCAGAUGCGACCGACGAAGAAGUUUACGAAGCGUGUCGUGCUGCGAGUAUACACGACAAGAUCAUUUCAUAUCCAGACAAAUACGAGGCCAAAGUCGGAGACCGUGGGCUACGUCUGUCCGGUGGUGAAAAACAACGUGUGGCAAUUGCUCGUACCAUUUUGAAAAACCCAAGGAUCAUCCUACUGGACGAGGCCACAGCAGCACUCGAUACGGAGACGGAAGAACACAUCCAAAAGGCAUUGACUGCGUUAGGAAAUGGCCGAACCAUGCUCGUGAUAGCUCAUCGUCUCAGCACUAUAACGACAGCCGAUCAGAUCCUAGUAUUGCAUGAAGGGCGAGUCGCGGAACGAGGAACACAUGAGGAGCUUCUCGAGAAGAAAGGCCGAUAUGCAAACAUGUGGAAGAAGCAGGUACGCGCACAAAGGGCAGCAGAAGAGGCCAAGGCCUUGAAGGAUAAAGCAGAGAGGUUACGCCGUGAGUCCAAGAGUGGUAGACUUGACGAUGAAGCUUCUAGUCAGAGUGAGGAUGAGAAGAGAGUGGUCAAGUCACAGGCCAGCAAGAGUCAGUUGAGACAACUACACGAUGCCGAACGUGGAAGCGGAAGCAGUUAA